GAGACGGAGAGAGAGAGAGAGGGAGAGAGAAGCGCAGCGGACUCUGAACGCCACACAGACAGACAGGCUGCAGAGUGAACGGGAGGACCGCGGCUCGUCUCACCCGUGGAUUGUAUUUCCAACGCUGCCCGUGGGAUACUCUGGCUACACCCUAUUAGUUUUGCAGUUUUAUUGCCUUCUUUUUUAAUCACCCCUUUCUUUUCUUUCCCCCCAUCCUAUCUCCCCCUCUCCUCAUCCUUGAGCAUCCUCCUCCUCUGCACGCAAGUCCUCUUGCUUGCCUGGCUUAACUUUUCUCCCCCCCUCACUCACUCACUCCAUCAUCCCACCCAACCUCCUCCAUCCGCCCGCUGGUUUUGACCGCUGCCUCCCUCGGAUCUCGGAUCUCGGCCAGCGUGUUCACCGGGGGGGCAGCAGCUGCUUCAUGGGGCUCACGGUCUCGCUCGGAACAUGGUCUCCCUGUGGCGUGUAGGCGCCCCGCUGAACCUGUCGGGAUCGGAGCUGCGCGUCCGCGUCUGUGUGCCAGCGCCGCGCGGCCGCGGCCGCGGCCAGUGAGCCAUGGGUCCGAGCCAGCUGCAGGAGCGCCGGCGGUCGCGCCGCUGGAGCGGGACGGCGGGGCGCUGCUGGCUCCGGAUCACCCUCUUCUCCUUCCUCGCCGCUUUACCUGUGGAGCAGCUGCGCGCAUUUCCUUCCUCCCUCAGCGACUGCCAGACGCCGACCGGCUGGAACUGCUCCGGGUUUGAUGACCGGGACACAGACAUGUUCUUGUGUGACACCAACACAUGCAAGUUCGAUGGGGAGUGUCUAAGAAUUGGGAACAUGGUGACAUGCAUUUGUGAUUUCAAGUGCAACAAUGAUUAUGCCCCGGUGUGUGGCUCCAAUAACAAGAACUACCAGAAUGAGUGUUUCCUGCGCAGAGAUGCCUGCAAGCAGCAAUCUGAAGUCCUCAUCACGUCAGAAGGCGACUGUCCCGCUGAUGCUGGCUCAGGAUCAGGAGACGAUGGCGGAGAAGGCUCGGCUGAGACUGGGCAGAAGGAGACAUCCACCUGUGACAUCUGCCAGUUCGGGGCAGAGUGUGACGUGGACGCAGAGGAUGUCUGGUGUGUUUGCAACAUCGACUGCUUGCACAUCAGCUUUAACCCGGUGUGUGCCUCAGACGGUCGCUCCUACGACAACCCCUGCCAGGUGAAGGAGGCGUCCUGUCAGAAGCAGGAGCGCAUCGAAGUCAAGUAUCUGGGCCACUGCCAAGGCGACAUCACAAAUGGGAACAAAGGCGAUGGAAACUUUCCACGGACCGACCACACGGUGGGGGAAAAAGAGCUGGCCCGCGGCCUGUACAGACCCUGUCCAGAUAACUACAAAAACCUCUGCAUCCAUGGAGAAUGUCAGUUCCCCAGCACACAGGCCCAGCCCUCCUGCAGCUGUCACUCAGGCUUCAGGGGCCCCAAGUGCGACAUCAAAGAGUACAACGUCCUCUAUGUGGUGCCUGGCUCUGGCAAGCUGCACUACGUCCUCAUCGCCUCAAUCAUCGGGGCACUGCAGGUGGUCAUCAUCUGCGUGGUGGUGCUCUGCAUUACCAGGAAGUGCCCACGGACCAACAGGAUCAACCGGCAAAAGCAAAACAACGUCCACUUCAGUUCUGAGAAUACCAUGCGCGCUUCCACUCGACUUAUCUGAGCCCAGCCCCCUCCCCCUCCAUCCUCGGACAGAGACCCCGUCCAUGCUAUGGAGCGCUGUUGGCGUUAGAUGUUCCCCCUCAUAGGCCAACUGUGAAAAUUAACAUCUGCCCCCCACCCUCUCGCUGUUUUUCCCACUGUUAAACUUAUAAAUGCCCCAGAGGACAGUGGCAUUGCAAAAGAUGGACCUGGUGCACCAGCGUGCGGUGAGACUCGCACUUUGGGACGACGAUGUCAUCGGGCGCCGCCGCUGCCAACCUCCCCUUCCACCUUCCAGGUGCCGACGAGUCGCUUGCACCUUUUUCUGAGGAUUAUGAUUUUCUUUUUUUCUGAAUCAUUAGGUCUUUUUGAGGGAGGGGGAGGGUGGUAUGCGAUGAGGACACUGAAUGUGAGUGUGUGUGAUCGUCUUAUUAGAUGUGUGCGCUUUGGUAGAGGCAGGCUAGCUGGUGUCCGUUGUCUGUAGAUGAGGGGUAACGGGCAAACUGGGGUCUUACGAAGCAGGGUAACAGGCUUUAACCGCAGUGUGUGUGUUCAGUCCGGGAGGUGGGAUGGAAUCGGGGACGGGGGGGGAUGGGACUGGGGGCUACACGUGAUGCCUUGCACCUUGUGUUAUAGGAGACCUUUGACAGAGGGCACAAUGUUAUUAAAGAGCUCUCUGGUUGUGACGAUGACGUCAGCUUCUGUAUCUUGAGUUCUAUUUCCAAUAGUUAUUACUACGUUGUCUUGAUGGGGUCAUUUUUCUGUAAAUGUAAAUAAAUAAUUUAUAUCACAAAAUGUA